AUGGGGCAGACGGUCAUCGAUCUAGUUUCGUCUCCGGAACAACCGCCGAAGCGCCCUGCCGCGCUAUCAGCGGCCCCGACUCCGGCGAAGAAGCAGCCUCUGAAGGCGGCAAGCGAUGGGUUCGUCGAGCUUUCCUCCUCUGGCGAUGAGGGUCUACAGUCGCCGAGGUUAACGGUAAAGGCUGCGCCGAGGAAAACUGCCGCUGCGACGUGCGCGAAGGCCAGCACGGCGACCACAGUUGCGGAACCGGCAGUCGCCACGUCCUCGAAAGCAGACACGUCGAGCGGCGGCGCGACGGGACCAGCCUCGGGACUCGUAACAGGGAGUACCGAAUUUCACUUCCUGUCGGACGACUUCGACAGUACGGUCAAUCUCGACUCCAGCAGAUUACAACCCGACGACGACGAGGACCACGACGACCCUUUCGCGGACGAUCUGCCCCCCUUUAAGAAACGAAAGGUUUCCCCUCCGCCGACGAUACCAGAGCCUGCGAAGCGCCUGUCAGCUGGACCGGCAUUCAAGAAAGCGGCUAGCAGGGUGUUGGAGUCGGACCCAGUGGUGUUUACGAGCUCACCUGAUCCUUUCGUCGAAGCUGCGAGGCGGCGGGCGCAGAAAAGGAGCUCUGAUAAGAAGUAUGAUUCGGAGGAAGACGUGUUUGAGGAUAUCGGCCGGGGGGGUAACUUCAGGGGGAAGGGUCAUACACUAGGAAGUGCAGAGUCCGAUGUUGGCGAUGAUGGUUCGGACUCGGAUCUUCCUGAUAUUGCGCAGCUUCCGCUGAAUCCUAUCCCGAAAUUAUCGAGGACUUCGAGUUCUCAGAGAGCGCUCGAUAAGUAUAACGCCGACAAGCUGAAGGAGAAGGCUACGAAAGAGAAGGCUCCGAAGGUGAAGACUGCGAAGGAGAAGACCACGAAGGGAAAGGUGGACCUGUCGAAAAGCAAGGAGGAGAAAGCAGCUGCACAAGCCGAGAAAGCGAAGGAGAAAGCAGCCGCCAAAGCAGCCGAGAAAGAGGCGAAAGCCAUCGAGAAGGAGAGGAAGAAGCACGAGAAGGAACUGGCUGCCGAGCUGGCGAAAGUCAAUCUCUUGAAGACGGAUAAGAAAGUGUCGACGCCGGAAAUGAUUGUUGAUCUCCCGUCGUCGCUGAAUCCGAUAUUGAGGGAGCAGACGUCUACGAUGUUGCGGGCACUGAGCGUUGAGCAUACUACGUGUGAGAGUGAGGUGCCUCUCAUCAAGUGGAGGAGGAAGGUCGAGGCCGAGUACGAUGCGGAUGCGGAUCAUUAUGUACCUGUUGCGAAGUAUAUCCGGGAUGAAUCUCACGCCAUGUGUGUUUUGACUGCGCAGGCGCUGGUUAAUCUGAUCACUGGCCCUGAAAGCGGAGACCUGGACGCUCACGUUUUGAAAUUGCAGACGCGACUCGGCUCGUGCAAAAUCAUAUACUUGAUUGAAGGUUACAACACGUGGAUGAAAAAGAACAAGAACAAGCUGAUCAGACAAUACGACUCGGCUGUCCGAAGCCAUGAUAGUUUGCCGGACGGGCCCCAGAACGCCAGCCAGAAAUCGAGGAGGAAGAAGAAGGAGCCGGACUAUGUGGCCGAGGAACAGAUUGAAGAUGCCAUGCUCCGAUUGCAAAUCGUGCACGAGGUGUUGAUCCAUCAUACGAACUCGAUGGUCGAAACCGCCGAGUGGAUUGUGAACUUUACACAGCACAUCUCGUCCGUCCCCUACAAAACCCAGAAGUUUACCCUCGACACCGCCUUCUGCGUGGACACGGGCCAAGUCAAGACGGGCCUCGACGCCGCGGACACGUACCAGAAGAUGCUCGAGCAGAUCCAGCUCGUCACGCCCGCCGCCGCCCUCGGCAUCAUGGACAGGUACCCCACGGUGCCGGAGCUGGUCCGGGGCCUGCGGGAGGACGGGCCGGGCGCGCUGCAGGAGUGCAGGAAGGCGUCGAACCGGAACGGGUCGUUCGCCGACCGCAAGGUUGGGCCGGCUAUCAGCAAGAGGGUGUGGAAGGUGUUCUUGGGCACCGAUCCCGAUAGUUGGGACGUGUAG